AUGUUAAUAUUAGGACAAUUGAUAUUUCGUCGUUCAUCUUGUAUAGUAAAUCUACGAUGUCGUGCAUGUCUAUUCCGUUCAGUUGUUUCUAAAAAGGAACAGAACCUUCCUAUUCAGUUAUCACCAAAAGUUCUUCUACCUCGUACGAAAUAUUUUCUUCCAUGUACAUCACUCUCAUCAAUUCCAUUGAAUCAAUCAAAAACCGAGCGUGUAUGGACGAUACCAAAUAUUCUAACAUUUGCUCGUAUUGGAACAUCACCGAUUAUCGGCUAUUUAGUUAUCAGUGAUCAUUAUUCAAUAGCAUUAUCACUCUUUAUUCUAUCAGGUUUCACUGACUUACUUGAUGGAUGGAUUGCACGUCGUUAUCCAUCGCAAUCAUCUGCAUUAGGUUCAUUUCUUGAUCCAUUCGCUGAUAAAAUGCUUGUUGGUUUUGUUGUCAUAUCACUGACUUAUGUUCAUCUCAUGCCUCUAUGGCUUCUUGGUUUAAUAUUAGGUCGUGAUGUUGCUAUCAUGUGUGCAGCAGCUUAUCUUCGUAUUAAAUCUGUUUCAUCGCCCAGAACAUUAAAGAAAAUUUUGAAUAUGAAAAAUGCUACAGUGCAACUCUAUCCAACAUUUGUCAGUAAAGUGAACACUGGUGUUCAAAUUGGUCUAUUAACACUGUGCAUGGCAGCACCAAUUUUCGAUUAUCAUCAUACUGGUUGGAUGUCAGUUAUUUAUACAUUAUCUGCACUUUCCACAGGAGUAUCCUGGCUUUCCUAUGUCGGUAAAAGUGGUCGAUCAACAUUUAAAAUGCUUUCGCAACAAACGAAAAACUCCACCUAA